CGUUCGAUUCCCCCCCCUGCUCCUUUAAAGCACCGGCCGCACUCUGGAGAAAGAGGAGAAGAAGAGAGGGAGCGUCAAGACGGCGAAUCGAGGAAAAAUCUCAACCAUGACCGACAUCAAGUUGGCUCUGCUGGGAAGUCCAGGCGCUGGAAAGUCAGCUGUCCUCGUGCGCUUCCUGACCAGACGCUUCAUCGGAGAAUAUGCCUCCAACUCCAACUCGCUGUAUCGCAAGAGGAUGUCCAUUGAUGGCAGACAACUCAACCUGGAGGUGUUAGACCCGUGCUCACAGAGCUCAGGGGUGACUUGUCUGGUGGAGGAGCCAGUGGACUGGGCACACGGCUUUGUGGUGGUCUACAACAUCAGCGAUCGCUCCUCCUUCCUCCACGCCAAGGACAUCCUGCGGCAGAUCUGUGAGGCCCGACUCAACCACUGCAAAGGGGAGCCGCCCUGCGUCCCCGUGUGCCUGUUGGGCAACAAGCAGGACCUGUGCCACGCCCGGCAGGUGCGCGAAGACGAGGGCCGCCGCCUGGCCCAGGACAGCGGCUGCCGCUUCCAGGAGGUGUCGGCGGCCGAGAGCUACCAGGACAUCGCCGGCCUGUUCACGCAGCUAAUCCGCCAGGUGAUGGAGCACCUGAAGUACCGCGCCGACCGCCGCCGCUACAGCGGCUCCAAGUCUAUGGCCAAGCUCAUCAACAACGUGUUUGGCAAGAGGAGGAUGUCGGUGUGACCGCCAAUAAACUUAAUUUUGGGCACUUUUAUAAAAAGGGGAGCUUUACAUUUAAAGGAAUAUAUUUUCAAUUUCGCAUGGACUAUUUAUUUUUCAAGCAUAUUCGAUGUAUUUUUGGUCAGAAUCAAGCAUUUUGUACGUAUAAAAAUGACUGAAUGAACUAUAAAUGGCAACCAAGCCAAUGAGAACGGGCGGUUUAGUAUCGUGGCCACUGAUUGGUCAGCCGCAGGCAGCAUUACUAUAUUAGAUUAAAGGAGUGUAAAUGUGACUAUAUGGGUGUCGUUUCAUGUCUAGAGGGCUCUCAUAAUGUUAAUAACUGUCAUUCAGAGG